UUGGAAGACAGUGUGGCUGGAGUAUGUUGAGAGAGGAGGGGAACCGAGGAAUGAGGUUGAGGGGCAGGGGCCAGCUUAAACAGAGCCUCAUAGGCUGAGGUUGUUGUGAAAUGAUUACACAAGAGUUGUAUCUACUGUGCCCAAGAUAAGAGACAUUUGACAUUUUUACAGAAGCCACUUAAAAGUUACACAUUUGAGAUAAUGUCCAGACUAAGUUUCUCAUAUGGUAGAGAGAACAUAAUAUUGAAAGAUUAAUCUGAAACCACUGCUCAGCUCCCAAGAUGUUGCCUCCCAAAUUGCAUGCAUUUUUCUGCCUCUGCAGCUGCCUCGCACUGGUUCAUACUUUUGACUGGCAAGACCUAAAUCCUGUUACACAUAUUAAAUCAUCAGCAUGUGUCAGUAAAAUACAAGCUCUGAUGGCUGCUGCACUUUUGGGCCAAACUAAAAUCCCCAGAGGAAGUGGCCUUUAUUCUGUUGGUUGUACAGACUUGAUGUUUGAGUACACUAAUAAGAGCACCUUCUUGCGUUUGUAUUAUCCAUCCCAAGAUGAUGAGUAUGUUGAAACCCUCUUGAUCCCAAAUGAAGAAUAUUUUUUUGGUCUUAGUAAAUAUAUUGGAAUACACUGGUUUAUGGGCAAAAUUUUGAACUUCUUAUAUGGUUCACUGACAACUCCUGCAAACUGGAAUGCCCAUCUGAGGACUGGUGAAAAAUAUCCACUAAUUGUUUUUUCUCAUGGUCUUGGCGCAUUCAGGACAAUUUAUUCUGCUAUUGGCAUUGAACUGGCAUCUCAUGGAUUUAUAGUUGCUGCUGUAGAACACAGAGAUCAAUCAGCAUCUGCAACUUACUAUUUCAAUGACCAGUAUGCUGCAGAAACUGUGAAUAAGUCUUGGCUCUAUUUUAAAACCCUAAAACGAAGAGAGGAGGAGGCGACUCUGCGAAAUGAGCAGGUACAGCAAAGAGCAAAAGAGUGUUCCCAAGCUCUCAAUUAUAUUCUCUGCACUGAUUGCGAAAAGCCAGUGAAGAAUGUAUUAGAUACUGAGUUUGAUCUAAAACAACUGAAGGACUCUAUCGAUAGGAAUAAAAUAGCAAUAAUUGGACAUUCUUUUGGUGGAGCCACAAGUAUUCAGGCUCUUCAUGAUGACCAGAGAUUCAGAUGCGGGAUUGCCUUGGAUGCAUGGAUGUUUCCACUGCAUGAAGAAGUACUUUCCCAUUUUUCUCAGCCCCUCUUUUUCAUCAACUCUGAACUGUUCCAAUAUCCUGAUAAUAUCAUAAAAAUGAAAAAAUGCUACGUACCUGGUAAAGAAAGAAAAAUGAUUACAAUCAGGGGUGCAGUCCAUCAGAAUUUUGUUGACUUCUCUUUGGUAACUGGCAAAAUACUUGGAUACAUAUUAACAUUAAAAGGAAAUAUAGAUUCAAAAGUAGCUAUUGAUCUUAACAACAAAGCUUCACUAGCAUUCUUACAGAAGCAUUUAGAACUUCAGAAAGGUUUCGAUCAGUGGGAUUAUUUGGUGGAAGGGGAAGAUGACAAUCUUAUUCCAGGGACCAGCAUUGACACAACCAACCAACGUGUCACUCUACAGAACUCUACAGAAAUAGAGAAAAAGAAUUUAGAUUAAAAGUGCUUUUUAAAGUCUUUUUUAUGUCUUAUUUUAAAACCUCUGAAUGUGAAUGUAUAUGAUUUUAAUGUAUUUUCUAAAUGAAUUCAUAUUUUAAAAUGUAGGCUAUACCAUAAUAGUGAGUGAAGUUUCUCUAUGCUCUGUUUUCCUUUAAAUAUAAUGAAAUUGCUGUCUAUAAAAAUCAUACCAGCUGAAAUUUUACUUUUACUAAAAUGAUCCGUUUUUAGUGCCCAAGUUCACAACUGUUUUUACAUUACUUUAAUGAACAAGGAUAUUAAAACAGGUACAAUGCCAAUGAAAACAUGCUGCAAUGAUAUAACACUCUCUAAAAAUACAAUAAAAACAGAUUUUCUUGUC